CAAGUUUUUCAGUUCACUGUCAAAGUUGCAGUUUGAAUUACUAUUAAGGAAACUAACUCAUCAAAAUGGCUGGAUUAAAAGUUGCGCUUAUUAUGGGAAUUCUAAUUGUAUUUGUUGCUGCUCAUGUAACAGCAAAUGCUACUGGAAUGCCAGAACUAAAGGAUGAACAACUACGAAAAGCUGCUAAUUUAUUAGAGAACUCCAUUUUACGAUUGGCAUCUGGCGAAGGACCCAAAUACCGCGUCUCUAAGGUUAUAUCCGCUGUUCAUCCCAAUAACAAUGAAAAUGAGUACAGUAUCAAUGCCGAACUCAUCAAUGCCAAGAACGAAAAUAAGAAAUGUGUUAUCAAUAUUAAAUCACAACCCGAUGUGGAACUUGGUAUCGAAUGUGAAGGAGAGCCCAAAAUUGUAAAAAAAAUUCCAGCUUAAAUAAAAUAUAUAUAUGAAUUUUCAUU